AUGACGAAAGGAACCAUCAGACCUCAUCAUGUCGCUCCUGGAGAGCCGUGUCACGGGCUCUUCAGAAACCAAGUGACAGAGCGGCGCGAGGCUGCUCCCAUCCUGCCACUGGAAAAAACAGUGGCACUGAAGCCGCCCGGCUUCUGCUCCACCAACUGGAACUUUGUAUCAGCAGUGGGCCGACUGAUGCGUCUCGAAGCAGAAGCUUCUCGUAGGCAUCAAAAGGAGCAGCGUCGCUCUGUGACAUCAUGGAGUGAAGGGGCUCCUGGAGCUAAGAAGGGCAAUCUGACGUGGCUCAUGUACAUGCCUGAUGAAGAUGCUCCUCUUCAGGACUCCAUCCCCGAGGAAGACGGCGAGAACGACACUCAAACUGAAGAAGAAAGCUCGGAGAAGACCAGCCCUAAAUUGUCCGAUGACCGAGAGUUAGACAACAAGAGCACUAACAGUUAUAGCAACCAGAAUUCUCCCGUUAGUGUCCUUUCCAAUCAAGAGGCCGAGCUGGAGUCACGCCUUAGCGACAGCAGUGACAGACUCUCAGACUUCAAAACCUCCUCGCCACCUGUGAGCCAGAGGGUUGACGGAAGUCACGGCUCCAAACAUAAAGAGGAGACGGGAGGCAGCUUGGAGAAAAUGAGGGCAGCCUAUGCAAACUUUCUCUCUGAUUCCUACUGGACAGGGUUAGGGAUGGACUUGAAAGUGGGCAAAAACACCAGCAAAGCCAACUGUGACAGCACCAACGGAAGCACCAAGAGUGAAUUCGACUGGCACCAGGAUGCGCUCUCCAAGACUUUUCAGCACACACUCUCCCCAAAGCCUGCAUCCAAACCCAACCUCUUCAGCUCUGUGCACCUGUACAGACAAACCACCAAACCCUUAGGCACAGUGUUCACGGGAGCCAGCCGGUUUCGCUGUAAGGAUUGUAGUGCAGCUUAUGACACUCUGGUGGAGCUGACGGUCCACAUGAACAAGAGCGGACACUACCAGGACAACAACCACGGCAAACAGAGCAAUUCUUCUGCCUCGUCCUCUAAAUCUAGGAAACGAAAUUUGCAUGAUAUGGAAGGGAAAGAGGACGCACAGAAAGUUUUGAAGUGCAUGUUCUGUGGCCAUUCUUUUGACUCACUCCAGGAUUUGAGCGUCCAUAUGAUUAAAACUAAGCAUUACCAAAAAGUGCCUUUAAAAGAGCCAAUCCCGGUACUCACACCCAAAUUAUUGCCACCAGCAAAGAAACGGGCCUUUGAAACAGUGAGACCUUGCUCCCCUGACUCUACGACUGGUUUAUCGGGAUACACCGAGGCACAACGGGCUGCCGCCAUUUCAAAUGCCAACAAUAAUCGCUACGGCUAUCAGAACGGAGCGAGUUACACGUGGCAAUUUGAGACAUGCAAGUCUCAGAUUCUUAAAUGCAUGGAGUGUGGAAGCUCCCAUGACACCCUUCAGCAACUCACCACACAUAUGAUGGUCACUGGACACUUCAUCAAAGUCACAAACUCAGCUUCUAAGAAGGGUAAACAGUUAGCACUUGACCCCCUGGCCAUAGAAAAGAUGCAGGGAUUGGCUGAGCCUGCUGCAGGUGAGACUGAGGGAGAAAAGGUAUCUCCAAAAAAUUCUUCCCCCGGGAGCAUUGAGAAGGAUAGCCAGGGGGAAGGCACUUCAGACAAAAUGGAAGAAACCGAGGCUAAAGAUGACAAGCUAGAGAGUGAGGAUCAAAAGCCAGGCAAUGGGGCUUUUAAGUACCCUUAUCUCCGUGAGGAGGAUCUCGAACAAGACUCAGGUGGAGGAGGGGACAUUCUUAAAUCUUUAGCCAACACAGUGGCCUCUGCCAUCAAUAAAGCUCAAACAGGGACACCAAGCUGGAGUGCCUACCCGAGCAUUCACGCUGCCUAUCAGCUCUCUGGGAUCAUCAAAAGCUCCCCUCUCGCUGCAUCCCCCCCUGCUCAGCUAAAGCAGACAUUUAACCACAAGCUGAGACCGAUUGCCCCAAAGGGGAAGUUUUACCACGGUGCUGUGGGAGCCGAGACUCCCCAGGGACAGCAUCAAAAUGUGGACAUCAAAAAAGAAAAGGCUGGCAUUAGCGAUGGUAAAGAAAGUCAGAAUAUUAAGUUUGAUCUGGUGGAAAAUGAUGACAGCGAUUGUCAGGAUGAUUCCUCUUCCUCUUCAAAGCUUGAUGCAGACUGUAUGAAUGAAGGGAGUGAAGCGAUCAAAGGGAAGUUGAGCCCAGAUUUCUCUGACAGAGGCAAGACACCGAGCCCCUCUGCCAGCAAUGGACGCAGCACUACUUCAGAGUCUCUCAGUGACACUCCGGAUAUACUUGGCAUAAACCCUCUUAGUGCACUGCAGUCAGUGCUGAACAAUCAUCUGGGCAAAGCAAAUAAGCCCAGUAACUCAAGAGUAGAUAAACUAUCUUCUCACACCAAGUCCAUAUUUGCUGACAUUAACCGUGGCAGCCAAAAACCAGCUUUAAUGCUUGGAGAUCGUAUUAGAAAUAGGCCUAAAAAUUCCUUUCUGUAUGUUAGUGAUGACCAACCAAUAGACCUGACGAAAUCUAAACACAGCAAGUCAAGUUCCUCGCUACUACAGCCGUCCACCCCGAUGCCACAGAAAUAUGCUCUGUCUGACAUCGCCGAUAUGGUUAAAGUUCUUCCAAAAGCCACCACGCCAAAAGCCUCCAUCCCAUCAAGGAUCCCAACGAUGAAACUGGAAUCAGACGUCCGGCGGUUCGAGGACGUGUCUGCCGAUGUCUACUCUGUCCACAAGCGUAAAGGUAGACAGUCGAACUGGAAUCCUCGCCAUCUUCUCAUCCUGCAAGCUCAGUUUGCCUCCAGCCUCUUCCUGACAUCCGAGGGGAAGUACUUACUCUCAGACCUCGGCCCUCAGGAGCGGAUGCACAUCUCCAAGUUCACUGGAUUGUCCAUGACCACCAUAAGCCACUGGUUAGCAAAUGUAAAAUACCAAUUGCGGAAAACCGGAGGGACCAAAUUUCUCAAAAAUAUGGACACGGGCCACCCGAUCUUUUACUGCAAUGACUGCGCUUCCCAGUUUAGGUCACCAACCGCAUUCAUUUCCCAUCUGGAAUCCCAUCUCGGGUUCCAAAUCAAAGACAUGUGCAAAAUGCCGAUAGAGCACCAGACGAAGGUAGAGGAGCCAGAACUGUCGAAGGCCCUCAGUGUCAGAGCCACAGAGGCUCUAGUCACAGAGGAGGACAUUGACUCAAAGUUCAAAUGUAAGCUCUGCUGUCGGACAUUUGCGAGUAAUCAUGCAGUCAAACUCCAUUUGAGUAAAACUCACAGCAAAUCCCCUGACAACCAUUCACAGUAUGUGGAAAUGGACAGGGAGUAG